AGUCUUUCAAGGAAAACAAAAACAAAACAAAAAAACAUGUGAUUGGUUUCACUUCUCAUCACAUCGUUAUCCAAACAUGGACGAGGAUCAUAUAGCGGUAGAGAUAGAUUAUCCGAUCUGAUCUCAAAGAAGAAGAUGUUAAACGGUGUGAUGAUGGAUCCUGAGAUGAUUCGUCUCGCUCAAGAUCAGAUGAGCCGUAUGUAUGAACCAUGCGGAUUUCGCCAGGAUCCAACAACAGAUGAUGUCGAAUCCUGAUCUGAUGAAAAUGGCGACGGAGAGCAUGAAGGACAUGAAUCCCGAGGAUCUGAAACAAGCUGCCGAGCAGCUCAAGCAUACUCUCGCCCCCGAGGAUAUGGCUCAGAUCGGUGAGAGGAUGGCCAGUGCUUCCCCUGAAGAGAUUGCAGCUAUGCGUGCUCAGGCUGAUGCUCACUUCGCUUAUCAAAUCAAUGCAGCUCAGAUGUCGAAACAACAGGGCAAUGAGCUUCAUAGCCGAGGAAGUUUCAGUGACGCUACUGAGAAAUAUUUGCGUGCGAAGAACAAUCUGAAGGACAUUCCAUCUUCUAAAGGUAGAGCAAUCUUGUUGGCUUCUUCUCUCAAUCUCAUGUCUUGUUACUUGAAGACCAAUCAGCAUCAAGACUGCAUCAACGAAGGUUCCGAGGUAGGGAUGUUAAUACGGGCGGCCCGGGCCCGUUUAGGCCCUGCCCGUAUAGUACCCGCCCGUUUAAAGCCCGUCAAGGUCUCGCCCGUUUACAGCCCGUCAACGUCCCGCCCGUUUAGCCGUGUGCCCGUUUAUAAUGAAGAUGCCCGUGAACCCGUUUAACUUUUUUUUUUUGUAAGUACAAUUCUGAAUUAAUCAUAGCUUUUGUUUUUGUUAAAACUGUGAACCAAUGGAGCAAUAUAGAUAUGCCAUUCAACCA